AUGUCUAGUUUUCUUUUGCUUCCCGCUGUAGGACAACGACAACAAAAACAACAACAACGGUUUCAACACGAUGCAGUCCUCGGAGCGCCGAGGGGGGUGGCGGACAACCAGGUCGGCCUGAACGAACAGAUUUUUGCGAGCCAGGCGCUGCUGUACAAGUGCCGACGUCGCAAGGCGGCCAUCUCCGGAGAUGACGUCGGAUGCCUCCUGCAGCUGGCGCUACAGUUUACCGGCCGGGGGCUACGAGCUGUGCUAGUUCAGGAACAGAACGUCUCGAGACCUUCUCUGCUUCCUAUCGCCACCCGUCCUUUUCUCAAAAGUGUGUCCCUUGGUUGCCUCUGUAAACAUGGUCGCAAUCCCGAACUCAAGCUGUGCCUUGGAGUGUGCGCCUGCGCCGUGAGGCACUCCGGCUGGGAUUCGUCGAAGGUGGUUCCGGACAUGGUGAUGUACUGCCAAAAGGCGUCCGAGGAUACGGGCCACGGCGACCCCGGUCCCCGCGUUCUCAUGCUGGAACUCCUAACGGUCCUCCCCGAUGAAGCCACAGCCCGUGCCGGCAUCAGCGCGCCCCCCGAGAGGCGCAAGGAGUUCCUGUGGACGCUCCGCCAGGGGGGAGAGGCGGGACGCUUGGCGCUAGGGGUGCUUUCUCAGCUCAUGGAGCCAGGGGGACUGCCCGCCGAGGGGGCCGUGGGGGCCACCUUGAGGUGCGCCCUGGCGUGGAUGCAACUGGAGGCGGUGGAGAGGGCGGACAUGUUGGCCUCCCCUGUCAUGGCCCUGGCGCUGGAGGCCCUGGAGAGCCCGGAGGCGUGCGAUGACGCCUGCGAGCUCGUGACGAUUUCACUGGAGGCUUUUACGGAACCAGAGGCUUCUGAGGAAAUGUUGCCGAGGGUCUUAACCAGGGCGCAGGCUCUGGCCAACGCUCCGUCGGAGGAAGUAUGCCGCUGCCUAGCAAUGGUCUUUGCCUCGGCGGCCUGCGCGUACCUACCGGGCAUCCUUAAGCCUGAGCUGGGUGGGCACUGGAGCUCCCUUCUGCAGAUCAUGGUCGGCAUGCUGAACCACCCCUCCCUGGAGAUCGCCAGCCUUGCCCUCGAGUUCUGGGGGAUGCUGGGGGAGCUGCUGACGGAGACGGCUGCGGGGGGGCGGGGCCCGCGCAGCCCCCCCCUGGAGGAGUCCGUGCGUCGCGCGUGCAAGGUUUCUAUGCUCCGCGCCCGCUACCCAUCGGACGACUGCGGCGGAUUGGGGGGAAUGGACGAGGACUCGAGGGAUGAGCUGGAAGACUUUAGAGAUCAGGUGCAGGAGCUCCUUCAGACCCUCAUCAUGCCCGCACCCCCGUGGGAGCAGAAUCAGCAGCGGUCUUCCUCCAAGGGCGGCGGGGCUGCUGGAACCCCGUCCCCUCCCAGGCCAGGCUUCCAUGUUAGAGGAAGCGGGGGCGGCGGCAUUUUCAGCGGGCGGGGCUGGGAACGGGCGGGGGGGGUGAACGGUAUCGGGGCGGCGAUGAGUCCUGACAACGGGCCGGGUAUGUACCCAGGGCGGCGUUCUUCUCCUUCUCUGUCUACAGCGGCGGCGACGGCUGCGGUUACCCCUGACGGCAGCAGGAGGAGCAACAGCGACGGCGGUGGGAGUGCAAGCGGUCGUCGCCGCAGCUUGGGGGAGGACGGGGCGGGGAUGGACAUGGUGCUGUCCCCGGUGCAGAGCGGGCUGCUGGAGUGGCUGGAAGGGCUGGCCGCUUCCAGCACCCGCGAGGCCCUCCAGGAGCAGCAGCAGCAGCAGCGAUACAGCGGCACGUCCAGCAACGGCACCAUCGGCGGUGGCUUGGAUGGCAGCAUCAACAGCGGCGGCAGCGGGGGAGCGGACCCUUCCGCUACAGCCCAAACGGGCGGAGGAGAAGCAGGAGGAGCGUUGUUGGACGGCGCGGCAGGUGGAGGGGGGCGGGGAGGGGACUGGUCGGGAGUCGAGGUUGCGCUCCGCAUGCUCAGCGCCGUCACCAAGGCGAUAAACCUACGCGACUUCUGCUCCCCGUCCCCCUCCUCCGCUGCGCCGGCCCUGUUGGGAGGAGCCGGCACGAGCGGUGAUCCCGCAACCACCGCCGCCGCCGCCGCCGCGUUCCGGGGAUACGUCCCCGCGGGCAGCGGCGUUGUCGGUGAUGGUGGUAGGGGAACGGGAGCCACGGAGGCGCUCGUGGACAUGCUGCCGUCGCUACCGCCGGGCCGGAGGGAGUUGCAGAGAUCCGCGGCGGUUUUGGUCGGGGGGCUGGCGGCGUGGCUGGCGAGGAGGCCGAGGAGCCUGGAGCCAGCGCUGCAGUCGGUGCUCGGGGUGCUGGGGCUGGAGGAGGAAGGGGGGGGGCAGGCGUUCAUGCGGGACAAGGGCGAAGACCACGUGGUGGGUGCGGUGGCCCUGUCCAAGUUGGUCUCCGCUGCCGGUCCGUCCCUGGCGGCCGUCCGAAGCCUCCCCACGCACCUCCUGCAGCGGUACCACGGCCUCUCUUCACAGCUCCAGAGCCAUCGGUUGCUCCGGCCCAGGCCGGUAGCAGAAGGCAGAGGGCCGCCACCGGGGCCCGCGGCACCUGCGGCGCAGCCGUUGCCCUCCGAGCGACUCGCGGCAUCUGGCCCCGCUGCUUGCCGCGGCACCGGCAGUGCUUCGUUUCCGUGGCAAGCAGCAGGCGGUGACCGUCCUCUAAGCCUAGAGCAGCAGCGCCGUUCAGCGGAGGCGGGGAGCGGGGGGAAAGCCGCUGACGCGGCGGCGGCAGCGCGGCCCCCCCCUCCGUUGCAUGCCGGCAGCCUGAGGCUGUUCUUGGGGAGUAUCUGUCGGAUGCUGGGGGAGGCCCCGAGGGCGGGGGCGGUACUAGAGCAGCAGCGCGGGGGGGGGUCCGGUACGGGCUCGACGGUAGAGGUGGAGGAGGUGCUUCAGGCGCUGGUGGAGGGAGAGUUGCGGUACCUGGGAAGCGUGCUCGACCGCCGGCGAGAGCUGGGUGAGGAGAGAUAG